CACUCGAGGAGCGUCCCUCCGGCUCUGUGCGGUUCUGCGCCCACCACUUCCGGUUGCUGGACCAAGGCGGCUGAGUUUUCUCGUCGUCAAGGCGACGUUGCUUGUUGAGUGAAGCGAAACUGAUACUAUUGGGAAGAUGGUGAAUGUUUUGAAAGGAAUACUUAUAGAAUGUGACCCAGCCAUGAAGCAGUUCCUGCUGUACUUGGAUGAGUCAAAUGCCUUGGGAAAGAAGUUUAUCAUACAGGACUUGGAUGAAACACAUGUCUUUGUGUUAGCUGAGAUGGUUAAUUUUCUGCAGGAGAGAGUGGGAGAGUUAAUGGACCAGAACUCUUUUCCCAUUACACAGAAAUAGAAAGUGGAACUGGAGUUAUCUGUCAAGCUGCAGUCAAUAGAUGUGGAAGUGAAAGUGUGUGUAGAUUUUUCUGGUGACUGACUUGGAGGAGAUUGGAUAGACAUCGUCAUUAUAAUAAGGAAACUAUGUAUACAGUUCGUAUGUCAAGAACUGUCUAUGAUCUUCCUUAGUGUGGGAUGCAUGACUAUAAAAAAGUUUCAGUGACAGCUUAUAAAGCAUCUGCUACUGCAAAUGAUUUAGAGUGUACAAAUUUGAGUUUAUUAGGCUCUCCUUUACGGAAUAUUGAAGAAUAAAUGUUCAUAUUCAGUAACAGUCUGUAAUUCUCCUUUAUAGAGUAAACCAUCUGAACCAUA